CUGCUUCUAUUUAUGUGGGGGAUCCAACAUGGCGGCUGCGGCGACCCUGGCGAUGGCGGUGGAGCCCAUCAGAACGUAGUAGCGGGGACGGGGACCCGGUCCGCACUCACGGUGGCGUCCGCGGGGACAGCUGAGGGUGCUGGAGGGAAGAAAAGUGACGGAGAGCAGAAGGAGAGGCGGGCAGGCGCGCCGUGCGGCGUCGAGGCGAGAGCCGGCUCGAGCGAGCGCCGAGGGCCAGAACAGUGGGGAUGGCGGAGCCGCGCAGAGUCGCGUUCAUUAGCCUGUCACCGGUGAGGCGACGCGAGGCCGACUUCGCGGGCGCCGAGCGCGAGCCCCCCCGACUGGAGCCGCAGCCGUACCGCGAGCCGGCCCGGGCGGAGCCGGCCCCCCGCGCUGACGCGCAGCCCCCGGCGCGCGACAAGCCGCUCCCCCAGCGCGAGGUCAGCCGCGCCGAGCCGCCCAUGGCGCUGCAGCGCGAGCCCCCGCGGCCCGAGCCGCCGCCGCCGCCGCUGCCCCUGCAGACUCCCCCUCCGCGGGAGUCGGCUUCCCGGGCGGAGCCGCCGCCGCGACCGCCGAAGGAGACGGUUCGCCUGGAGCUGGUGCUCAAGGACCCCACGGACGAAAGCUGCGUGGAGUUCAGCUACCCGGAGCUGCUGCUGUGCGGAGAACAACGGAAGAAACUUGUUCAUACAGAAGAUCCAUUUACUGAUGAGCAUAAGGAGAGGCAAGAAGUGGAAAUGUUGGCUAAGAAGUUUGAAAUGAAAUAUGGUGGGAAAGCCCGUAAACACCGGAAGGAUCGGCUACAAGAUUUAAUUGAUAUAGGCUUUGGCUAUGAUGAGACAGAUCCAUUUAUUGAUAACUCAGAGGCUUAUGACGAAUUAGUCCCUGCUUCUCUAACAACAAAAUAUGGAGGCUUCUAUAUCAACACUGGCACUCUGCAGUUCCGCCAGGCUUCAGACACUGAAGAAGAUGAUUUCACAGAUAACCAAAAGCACAAGCCACCCAAGGUUCCCAAAAUAAAAGAAGAUGAUAUAGAGGUAAAGAAGCGGAAGCGGAAAGAGGAAGGGGAAAAAGAAAAGAAGCCAAGGAAAAAAGUACCCAAGCAACUGGGAGUUGUGGCUCUCAAUUCACACAAGUCUGAAAAAAAGAAAAAGCGGUAUAAAGAUUCCCUUUCUCUGGCUGCCAUGAUACGGAAAUUUCAAAAAGAGAAGGAUGCAUUGAAGAAGGAAUCUACCCCUAAAGUCCCAGUGACCCCAUCAUCUUCCUCUCUGCCUAAGCCCCCUUGUGUCACAACAGCCCUUGGGGAUGACAUCCCGGACUUAGGUCUGAACAGUGCUGACCCAGACCUCCCUAUUUUUGUUAGCACAAAUGAACAUGAACUGUUUCAGGAAGCUGAAAAUGCCCUAGAGAUGCUAGAUGAUUUUGACUUUGACAGAUUACUGGAUGCUACUUCUGACGGAAGUCCCCUCUCUGAGUCAGGGGGAGAAAAUGGAAAUACCACCCAUCCCACCUUCCCCUCUCAGGUUGUGCCCAAGGUGGUACCUACACUUCCAGAGGGUCUACCCGUGCUUCUUGAGAAACGCAUUGAGGACCUUCGUGUAGCUGCCAAACUUUUUGAUGAAGAAGGAAGGAAAAAAUUCUUUACACAGGAUAUGAAUAAUAUUCUUCUGGACAUCGAGUUACAGCUACAAGAACUAGGUCCUGUCAUUCGUAGUGGUGUCUACUCCCAUCUUGAAGCAUUUGUGCCAUGCAAUAAGGAAACACUGGUAAAACGUCUAAAGAAGUUACACCUUAAUGUUCAGGAUGAUCGUUUAAGAGAACCUCUACAGAAGCUGAAGCUGGCAGUUAGCAACGUCAUGCCUGAACAGCUGUUUAAAUACCAGGAGGACUGCCAGGCUCGCAGUCAAGCCAAAUGUGCCAAGUUGCAAGCAGAUGAAGAACGGGAAAAAAAUGGAUCCGAUGAUGAUGACGAUGAGAAACCAGGGAAGCGAGUCAUCGGCCCACGAAAGAAAUUCCACUGGGAUGACACCAUCAGAACUUUGUUAUGUAACCUUGUUGAGAUCAAAUUGGGAUGCUAUGAAUUAGAGCCAAAUAAAAGCCAGUCUGCUGAGGAUUAUCUUAAAUCCUUCAUGGAGACGGAGGUGAAGCCACUGUGGCCUAAGGGCUGGAUGCAGGCAAGAAUGCUUUUUAAGGAAAGCCGGAGUGUGCAUAAUCAUCUUACUUCUGCUCCGGCAAAGAAAAAGGUGAUUCCUGCAUCAAAACCCAAAGUCAAGGAAUGUAGCCCCAAAAAAGACCCCAAAGCUCCUGCAUCCGUGGUGGCUUCAGGUGGCGGUCCUUCCACGAGCUCCAGCACAUCCAUCGUUGCCUCAGCCAGCUCUAGCUCAGCACCAGCCCAAGAAACCAUCUGCCUUGAUGACUCCCUCGAUGAAGACCUUUCUUUCCCCUCAGCCUCACUGGAUCUUGUAUCUGAAGCUCUAGCUGUCAUCAACAAUGGGAACAAGGGCCCCUCAGUUGGUUCAAGGCUAAAUGUGCCAACUACAAAACCUCGUCCAGGACUGAGAGAAGAAAAGCUAGCAAGUAUCAUGAGUAAGUUACCACUGGCUACUCCCAAAAAACUAGAUUCUACUCAGACUGCUCACUCAUCAAGUCUUAUUGCUGGUCACACGGGGCCAGUACCAAAGAAACCCCAGGAUUUAGCUCAUACUGGUAUUUCUUCAGGCCUUAUUGCUGGUUCUUCAAUUCAGAACCCUAAAGUUUCCUUAGAACCUUUGCCAGCCAGGCUACUCCAGCAAGGACUGCAAAGGUCAAGCCAGAUACAUGCUUCUUCCUCUUCACAGACUCAUGUCUCCUCCUCCCAAGCCCAAGCUGCUGCCUCCUCUCAUGCUCUGGGAACAUCAGAGGCCCAAGAUGCUUCUUCGUUAACACAAGUCACAAAGGUGCACCAGCACUCAGCUGUCCAGCAGAACUAUGUGUCUCCAUUGCAAGCCACCAUUAGUAAAUCACAGACCAACCCAGUGGUGAAAUUAAGUAAUAACCCCCAACUUUCCUGUUCGUCCCAACUACUCAAGACUUCAGAUAAGCCACUGAUGUAUCGCCUCCCUUUGUCUACCCCAUCACCUGGAAAUGGUUCUCAGGGGCCCCACCCCCUAGUUUCUAGGACAGCACCGAGUACCACUACCUCCAGUAACUAUUUAGCCAAGGCUAUGGUGUCACAAAUCUCCACGCAGGGUUUCAAAUCUCCCUUCUCAAUGGCUGCAUCUCCCAAACUUGCCGCAUCUCCCAAACCUGCCACAUCUCCCAAGCCUUUGCCCUCACCUAAGCCUUCUGUUUCACCCAAGCCCUCUCUGUCAGCUAAGCCUUCAAUAUCUACUAAACAGAUUUCUAAAUCCAACCCAGCUCCCAAGCCUGCUGUAUGCCCAAGUUCUUCUAGUCCAAACACACUAGUAGCCCAGAGUAGCCACUCCACAAGUAACAACCCUGUCCAUAAACAGCCCAGUGGAAUGAACAUCAGCAGACAGUCUCCCACUCUGAAUUUGUUGCCCUCAAAUCGCACUUCUGGCCUUCCGACUACAAAAACUCUUCAGGCCCCUUCUAAACUAACAAACUCAUCAUCCACUGGAACUGCUGGGAAGAACAGCUUGAGUGGAAUCCCAAUGAAUGUACCUGCCAGCAGAGGUAGCAACCUUAACUCAAGUGGAGCUAAUAGGACUAGUCUAUCUGGGGGAACAGGAAGUGGAACACAGGGUGCUACUAAACCGUUGUCUACUCCACAUAGACCAACCUCUGCCUCAGGGUCUUCAGUGGUAACAGCCAGUGUGCAGUCCACAGCAGGAGCAUCAUUAUUGGCUAAUGCCUCACCUCUGACUCUCAUGACAUCACCUUUGUCUGUAACAAAUCAAACUGUGACUCCUUUUGGGAUGCUGGGUGGCCUUGUUCCAGUGACCAUGCCCUUCCAGUUUCCCUUGGAGCUACUUGGCUUUGGAACGGACACAGCUGGAGUGACAGCCACCUCGGGAUCUACCUCAGCGGCUCUCCAUCACAGCCUAACCCAGAAUUUACUAAAGAGUUUACAGCCAGGAGCUCAGCACGCGGCAGCCCUUCCUCACUCUCCUCUGCCUGCUCACUUACAGCAAGCGUUUAACGAUGGAGGCCAAAGUAAAGGGGACACUAAGUUACCACGGAAACCUCAGUGACUUUCCAGCAAGGGGGAGAGGAACCACUUGGCUGGCUGGCGGGACCGACCUGAUGGGAAGUCUUGGCGGUCACAGGGCUGCUGUUUCUGUCCAUGUUUACAUGCUUGUCCCAAGCACUGUGGUGAGGAGGAAAAGAGAGAAAAUGUUACUUGAGCAAAGCCAGUGCAGGAGGAAGAGAUGCUUUUGUGCAAAGUCAGGGAGCUUUGGUCUUUUCAAACCCAAGCCCCCAUGUUAACCAACUUAAAGCAGACUCAGCUGUCAAACCCACAGAAGUGUCAAUCUGACUGUAUUUAAAAAAAAAAAAAAAAAAAAAGGAAAGAAAAGAAAAGAAAAGGAAAAAAACUGGGGAAGAAGGAAGGAAGUUAAGAGGAUUUGGGUAAAUGGCCAUCCAUCCUGGGGGUUAGGUCUGAACACUCUACAGAUAAGUGCAUAAUAAAAGCAGCUACAAGUAGAAUUAGCCCAGUUUAAGGAGACUCAGUCAUGUCUGUCUAGUAGACAGAUUUUCCACAGUCAGUUGCAUGAGGCUCUCCAGACAGUUGCCGAAGAGUACUGUGCCCUGAAAUGUCCUGAGCAAACUUGAAUCUUCUCCAGUAUAUAGCAGGUCCCCGUGCGAGUCAGUGGCCUGAAGAUACUUUAGCAAAGCUGCUGUGACACAGUGAUGUGUAGUACUAUAGCUUCUAGGUUUUUAAAGUCAGGAAAAGGAGCCUGUGCUCUUACGAGACAAAAUGUAGAUAAUCCCUUUUUAUAAAAGGGUCAGUUUCACCCUCCAUUCAGAAGUAAGUACUGCACUCCUUUCCACAGUUCACUUGUCAUCUGGUAUUGACUGGUUAAUAGUUAUUUCUCGUCCUGAUAUGCAGAAGUGACUGCUCGCAUUUUCUCUUGACAUGUGCGUCUUUGUUGUUGGGCUGCUGCUUUGCUGCUCAUCUCUCUUGCAGCCUGCCAAGAACUGCAAACUCCCAGUUCCCUCCCUGCACAGUGCUCUUUCACUAGCGGUACUUUAGGUGACUAGAGCUGUUGAUAUAAACAGGAGUGUGCACAGCAUCUGUCUCUUCAUGGGUCAAACAAAUAGCGUAUGUAUAAUAGUGGACUGUUUUUCAUUCUGAAGUGGUAUUUUUAAAGGGAUGAAGUCUAAUAGGAAUACGGAUGUGCACAGGAUGUGCACAAAGGACCACCUGUUAUAACUAUCACAAUGAAGCUUUAUGACCCAUGCCCAGCGCAGGAUGUUUUCAGCAUUUGGGAUCUUAAAAGUUUUACUAUGACUUACUCAGAAUAUUAAUAUUCAAGUCAGCCUACAGAUUAUAAGAUUCGUUAAUUCUAGUUUUCAUAUGCGAAUAGAGGCAAUGAAGGGUGUGAAGGGGAAAACACAAUUUUCUUGGGAUACAUUUUAUUUUGCCUCAGCUAUGUUUGUGGUGUCCUUGAAUUUUAAACUUCUGAGUAUUUUCAGACUAUCCAAGAAAAAGCUCUGAGUGAUACAAAUUUAGUUUAUAUAUGGUGACAGACUAGCCUGGUAAUAACAAGAUUGCUUCUAUAAUCUCAUUACAUAUUACUCUGUAUCAUUUAAGUUUAUUCAGAUAAGAGUGUUAACCAGACCCCAUUUUCCUUUGAUGAGCAAAAGUCCCAAGAAGCCUCUAGGACUAUAAUAACCAACCGCAGACCUGCUCCAAUUUUUAUGCCUAUAAUUUGACUUCAAAGUUUCAAUGGCGUGCUUAAUAGCAAAAAAGUCAAUGAAUAAUUGAAAGCUUUAGUUCCAAGAACUCGUUACAGUAAAGGAAGAUGAUUUUUUUUUUAGAAGAACAUUGAAACUAGAUAUGAUGGCCCAUGCUUGUAAUCCUAGAAUUCAGGAAGCUGAGGCAGGAAGAUCUCAGGUUUGAGGCCAGCCUGAAGUAUUUAGCAGCAAGUCCCAUGCUAGUCUCUACUGGACUAACAAUGAGAGCUGUCUGUUUCCAACUGUCUUAUUGUCUUUUAAUGUUCAAUUAAUUAAAAAUCUAUUGGACUUCCAUAUCAGGUGUCCCUGACAGCAAGUUCUUCAAUGUCACUUGCUGCCAUAUGAAAAUAAUCUUUAAAAAGUUCAUAAAGUUCUUCAAAAAACUGGGGCCCCUUGCUCCAGGCUCCUUCGCGCCUCUUCUCCUUCCGGUUUGGUGCAGAAUGGGUUGUGAGCUGUGUUUUUUUCUUUUUGUCCUCUUUUGUUACUAACAUUUUUCUUUUUCUUUUUUUCCUUUUUCUUUUUUAAAAUAAAAAGCAUAGAUUUCCCCUCCUUACCCCUCCUUUUACAAUGGUCUCUUCUCCGCUCUAAGUCCUCCCACUUCCUAGUUCAAGUUUCAUUUGUGCCCCGACUGCCCCCCUCCCUGCCCCAUUGCAUUGUUUGUGUGCGGCACCUGCAGUAGAAAAUCCCAGCUCUCCAGGUCGGUCUGGGAGCUCCUCCACCCUCCUCCUGUCUCAAAAAAGAAAAAGAAAAAAAAAGAGAGAGAAAAGAAAAAAGGAAAACAAACGAAAGUAAUCACUGAUAUAAUUUCUUGACUGUAGAAAUUUACUUUACCAAUAAAACAAAUGAGGAGGCUAUGUAAGCCCCAGUAGAUAUUUUGGAAAGAUAUUGGGAUGUUGCAGAGAAGUUUGACUUGAAUUUAGCACGUUAAGGUUCAUUUGAAAGGUCUCUUAGAGAAACUUGAUCAGCUCUUACGCCAGCACCAGGAAACUUCGUUUCACAGGCCUGCUUAUACUUCAUAAAUUGCUGUACUGGGGUGUCUGUUGAGGAAGGCAGCCUGUACUUCAUUUUCUCUACCCAGAGAGAAGUCCAUGUGUGUUAGUGUCUCUUCUUGCUGAUACUUGUGUAUUUGUGUAUUUGCAGACACAUACAUAUUCAUAUAAAUCAAUCGAUAUUAAAAGUCAAACAAUAAUUGUAGGUUCUUAAAUCCAUCGAUUCUGAACCAUGCUAUACGAAGACCCUUGAUGGUUCUCUUUCCCAUGUCAUUUUAUAAGAUUACCCUGGGCUCUGAGACUAUGCUGUGUAAAAUAUAUCCUGUUUUCUGUCAGUCUUGACUCCUUAAGGACUGCUGCCAGAUCCCCAGUCCAGCAACCCUUUCAUGUUAUACAAGUGAAUCAAAGUCCUUUCUAAAUGUAAAUACAUUUCUUUCUAUAUCAUAACAUUGAAAAUGGUGUCCAUACUUUAUGGUUACCUGUCUUUACAGUUUUUAUUACUAAACAAGCAUAUAAGUUGGUUAUUUUUUAACAGAGACUUGCAAUUCAUACUGUAUUUUUGCACUUAAAGUCAAAUUAUGUUAUUUUUAAAAUGGUGAAUAACUGGAAAGGAUAUCUAUAGAGCAGUGUGUAUCACUAAAGAACGUUAGCAACAUCCAAAUGCAGAAGUAAAUCAGCACACGUAGGUCCCAUUCGAUGGGGUCCUUGAUUCAGGAAUAUUAAACUGUCUGUUUCCAACUGUCUUAUCUUUGAAAUUGCCUUCACUGAUGUGAUGUCUAAGCUGUUACUGUAUAUAAAGGUGAUCCUCAGUAUUCACAAGCAAUAACAGUCAGCAGCGCUGUCCUCGGGCAGCAGUGCUGGACCACAGCUGGAGACUGUUUGCGAGCCAAGUGUCAUGCUCACUCAGAGCCUCCAAAGUAAAUGCAAGCAAUAAUCUCUACUAAAAUCAAAUUAUAGUUCUUCUCCUGCUUCUGAGAACAAAGAGUGAAAAUCAUGAUUUUAAAACAAUCUGGAGAAAAGGUUUGGAGAAAAGAAGCCAAGUUAAUGUAUAAUAACAAAGUCCUGAUAUUUUGAAGAAAUCAAGAAGAUUCAAUUAGUACAUUCUUUCAUGCCCACCACCCCUUUGAUGGAUGUUAUUAGCCCAAAUUAUCUUGUUUUGUGUCAUAAACAAUAAAUAAGGCUUAUUUGGGUCCCAGCACUGGGGAAAGAACUGGGCAUAUACCUGUGGGUAUAUAUUGACUGUGGGUUUGACACCUGCUUGGAAACAGCUUAUUGAAAGUGAUCUUAAUCCAGAAUAUUUUUUCCCAAAGCAGAUCUAAAUUGUUUACUAUGCAGAGAUGGAAAGGGUAGGCACCCCUAUUCUCUCUCCUCUUGUUGUCCUCUCCCACAGCCCUUCCCACCUCUCCUUGAUUCAAGACUUUCUAAAAUGAAAAUCCUACUGUUAUUGCGACUGCCAUUGGUUAUGAGAACUCUGUUCUUUGGGAAUGUCUCUAGAACUCAUUGUCCUACUUGCUGCUACAUUGGAAGAUGAUCUUUGCCUGUGUUGGCUGACUUUAACUGCUUUAUUUGUAGGAGACUUUGUCAUGUCCUUUGACCCUGUGUAGAAGAACUAGGGUACUUUACUUUAGGAGUGUACUAUAAAAGCACACUGGUCCUCGUAUUGUUAGAGAAGUUUGGGAUUUGUUCCCCUUGUUGGUUUUUGUUUUGUUUUAUUUUUCAAAUUGAAAGUAGAAGAAAGAAGUCUAUAGUCCAGGCCGGACUUGAGCACUGCCCUGUGCUUCAGCACGGUGCUUCUGCUGACCCACGUUCUCUGAAGGGCACUUUGAUUUCUAGUUGUGCAUGUGCGGCUCUUUGUUUGGUUUUGCUUUCAGGGUGCUUUUGGUUUUGUAAAAACAAAGCAGAGAAAAGUACAGUAGUAGAUAAAUGAUCACAAACAUGUUAUGCAAUUUUAUUUUAUAAAGUUUUAAGGGAAAAGUUUAUCUCGUUGUAAAUAAGUUCUUAUCUCUGGUAAAAUGCUUAUAUUACUCCUCUAAACCAUGCUCAAUUCAGGCCUUUGUCUUUGUUAAGUGCCUUUUAUUUCUUUCUUUUUCUCCCUCUUUUGAAACUUUCAAACACCCUCAAGUACAGACUGAUGAAGUCAGGGGAUUCAGGAGAAAGAAUCUGAGCCUUGCCAAAAUCAUGUCAUGUAAUAAUUCUCUUCCUUCUGCUUUGUGUGUGUGGACACAAGUAUGAGGUACACAGCGUGUAUGAAACCAGGAGCAGCUGUGCCAUGGCAAUCCUUCUAAGCACUGCCCUGUUGACAUUGCAGAACUUCUGCCUUGUUUAUUCCAUUGCUUUGAGUUGAUUCAGAUGGGCAGAUUGGGAAGUAGUCUUUGCACAUGAUGCUGGCUUCCCUUUCUGAAUAUCUGUAGAAGUUAAUAUAUAUGUGUGUGUGUGUGUGUGUGUGUGUGUGUGUGUGUGUGUGUGUAUAUAUAUAUAUAUGUAGGGCAUUAUAUAUAUAAAGCAUAUGUGUUGGUUAUUGCAAACAUAAUAAACUCUGUGGACUCCUUGACUAUUUCUGGAUGUAAUCCACUUCUCUCUACCCCUCAAAUCUUUCAGUAGUAGUGUGUGAGAAAGCAUCAGGAUAACAAGAGCAUUUGUUGGUCGAGGUGAUACGAUGCCCUAUGCAGACAAGAUUCAGUACUAGUGCUAGAACCAUGGGGUGGUGUCUGAAUACACUUUGGAGGAGGUUGGCACUCAUGUCAAUAUUAAAAGACGUUUUCUUCUGGAAAAUGAUCUUGAAAUUGUAUAUCUGAAACGUCAAUAAACUUAGAUUUUUAGACAGUGAGGAAACACUUGUAUAAUCAGGACGUACUUGAGAAAUGUUCAGUCUGUUUAUUGCCAGAUGAUCAGAUUUGCUCUGAUUUCAUGAUUGUUUAAAUGUCUUUCCUGAGCAAAAUAAAAUAACUUUCAGUAUCUAAGACUUGAGGGGGGGGUUCUGUUUUGUUUUUGUUUUUAGAUGUAACAUGUUGAAAAAGACUAAGUUGAACUGAUCCUCUGUAUAUCUACAAAGGACCCCCUUUUAAGUAAAAUUUUAGUUGAAAAAGGAGACUUGUGGCUAAAAGAAGAGGUUCCUGUAGCAAAGCUGUUGUUAGCCAGCUUAGGAUCAGUAGUGAGUGUUAAUUCCUAAACUACUUUAUCUAGGGGGAAGUCAUUUAACCUUUGUGCCUCAGAUUACCCAUGAGACAAUUGGGUAUAAUAAUAAUCACCUACCUCCCAGGGAUAUCAGAGACUUUACUAUUUCAAAAAUAUUUUGUUUUUCUAAAACAUUCUAUAUAAUUAUAGUAUUAUCUUCCUGCAGAGGUUGAAAAAAACAAAUGUUUUUCUUAUAGUGGAUAUAAAGAGCACCCUAUGGUCUUUAAGUUAAAAAAAAUCACUGGAAUUUUAAUUUAGAUGUAUAUUUGAUAUUUAAACAUACCAUAUUUGUUGUGUGGUAUAAUUAUUAGUUUCAGAUUAAAUCAAAGGGGAAUGAACACUAAGUUUCUUAACUAUCAAUAGAUUUUUUAAAGCUUUUAUGAUGUUAUUACUUGUGUGAUAUUUGCAAAGGUUGUGAAAGUAAAGUUAGAUAAAGUUUGAAUUAUGGAUAAAUGAUCCUGAAAGUUUAUAGCCUCCUUUGUCUACAUUCUGAAUCUAAUUUCCUUGCAGUACUUGCCUGGUGAUGGAAAACUAAUUUUUUACCUUUCUAAGAGUAAGUCAGAUCCUGGCAUACGACUCCUGCAUCAGUAGGACUCUCCACCUUUGCCUGGGGGAUAAGGCAUGAGCAGCCUACACUAGGGCGGCUGUGCGUUCUUUUAACUUUGUAUUUCAUGCUUCUUCAGCCAGAGCCAUCAACUGUUCGGGUUGUAGUAAAAUGGGAGGAAGAUCGACAGGAUUCACUCCCUAGCUAGGGCAGAGGUAAAGAUGGUCAGGAUAGAAGGAAAUAUGAUUUCCCAAACUCCUGGGAGGAAAUUAGCAUCAUUUUAUCUUCCCCUCCAGGCAUGCACACUAAGUAGUAAUCCAUAACAUUUUUCUCUUUAAAACGAUAACAACAGGAACAAAUGGGUACUACAGUUUUUGUUAGGGCUGAGUAGUGCAUGUGAGAGUGGGGGCGGGAGGGGGGUAGUCUAAAUGACAGCGAAUAUUCAGGGUCAGAGAGAGUGGAGUGCAGGGUGUUGAGGAGCAAUUACUCAGCUCAGGUGAGUUAGGAGGUAGCACUGGGCUGAAGCAGCCAGCACAUCUGGGCUGACCCAGAACUGGCUCAGACCUAGUCAUUCUCUAGUCCUUCUAAAAUCAUUUUUGGGAUUUUUGUUGAUUUUUUUUUCUCUCCAGUAGCCUCUGAAUAUCAGCUAUGCAGAUAAGCAUAUGCUUCGUUUUCCACAUUAUAUUCCUAUUCAUUGUUCAAUAACAUGUUAAGAUUAACCCAAAUGAAUGUGUGUGUUUCCUCUAGAGAAGAGUAACAGAAGCCUAAAAUAAAUAUCAUCUGUUUUCCUUUGCCCUAAAAUGUGAACUUUCCAUAAAACGCUAGCUGAAGAUCCUUUGCUCAUGCAGACCUAGAGUUGAUGUUAUGGAUGUGUUUGCACUUUUAUGAUAGUGUCACCUCGUGUAAUGCUGAGAGGCUUAGGUUAGUGUUCAGGAUGACAGAGCUGCAGACUUGGGCUCUGAUUAAAAUUAGUUUCAAAUAUCAAUGUUGAAUUUGUCUUCAUUUCUUUCAGUCUUCAGUCUUGCCUUUGGUGUGAGCUCUUAAGUUCCCACUUGCUCCACUACAGUAUAAAUUACCUGUUGUUAUAUCUAGGGAGAGAAAGUGAAUUGUUUCCAUAUCCUCUUCUCCCUUACUUUGCCAUCUGCUCUCAGUUCCCAUCAAGUUAGUGUAAAGAUAGUGUGGGGAGAGUUUCAUCUUAGUGGAGGAUACAUAUAUAUAUAGAGAGAGUUUAGUGGAAAUACCUUUGAGUAGCCUGAUGCUAAAUGACACUUUUCUUAUGCACACUCAACGUACCAUUUGCUUUAAGGUGGCUAUUUGUGAUCUCCUUGUGUUGUGAUGUUUCUACUUGUCUGUCUUUCCUAUGUAUUUCCAUUUCAUAGCAGCUAGUAUUCAAACUUUGUAUACAUUUUACACUGCUACCCAAACUAGUCAGUGACGUGUUUUGAAGUUUUCAUGGUACAAAUUAAGGUUCUAUACAUAGUGUAGAACUUGGUGGUCACUGAUGACUGGGGUUUCUUCUCUUUUCAUUUAUAUUCAAUAAAUAAAUAGAUUUCAUAGGCUGAGAGUCUGUCUCACUGGGCACUCUUGCCCAGCAUGUACGUAAGCUAGAGCUCCACACAGCAGUGCACAGUAACAGUAAGUAGACUUCAUUUUUACAUAGCCUGGGAUACCAGUGUAUUUUACAUAGCCUGGGAUACCAGUGUAUUUUACAUAGCCUGGGAUACCAGUGUAUUUUACAUAGCCUGGGAUACCAGUGUAUUUUAAGAUUCUUCAGAAGAAAUGCAGAUUUUCAUUAGGGGCUCACAGCAGUCUGCCUUGCUGACUGUUUUCAUACAGACUCCUUACAACAGAGCUCUUUUGCCAAGGUCUGAGCCAACCAGAUCAUUGAAUCCUAGUUAGGACCUAAGUCCUAAUUUUAGGUUCCUCAAAAGAAAAACAUUACUUGCCCCGACUUUGCUACAAUAUUCUGGAUUUGUUUGUUUGUUUGUUUGCUAAAUCUGGUUGUUAGAUCCUUGUUAAUAGUGCUCUGGUUAGAAUUCAGUUAAGGUUAUUUGUCUGAGAUAACACGAGAGUCAGCAGCAGUCCAGACUAGCCACUGUGUGUGUGAUAAUCUGUGCUGAAGUUUCCACACCAGAUUGUAUUUUCUGUACUUAGAACCAUAGACUUUCCUCCUGUUAUACUUAUCUCUGCUGUUUACAGAAACGUUAUGCCCUACUAGAAAAUUCACUAGCAAAAUUACCAAGGAUUUGCCCCCAUUUGGGCUAGAAAUAUAAAAAGAAAAAAAAUAUUUUUCUUAGUUGACAAAAGUAUUUGGUUUAAAUAGUUAGAAAGUUGAGCCAGCUUUGGUCAGUUUUCCUGGCAUUUUGGCUCUGACUCCAUCAUAGAUUGCGUGUACACUUUGACAUGUGUUCAUCAGGGACCCUCUCCCAGUAAAGAUUGGUUUUCCUCCCACACAGCUUUCAGGACAGAGAGCCAAGCUUUUCAGUGACCUGUUUUCAGCUGUCUUUGAAAGACUAUCUUAUUCUAGAAAAUGCUGGCGUGCUAAACUGUUCUUGGAAGAGAGUGUGCUAGUUUGACCCUCCUCAUGGUGUCUCUUGUCCUGUUAAACUUAUCAGACUUCAAGGAAAGGAAGAGAAAUCUCUGGUGAAUUUUGUGCCCCAAAUAAUGAACUUAAGUCUAACCAAGGUGACUAAGAGAUGGGUGUUUUCUCUCUCUACUCGUGAGCAAGGUUUAUUUAUGGUUGUAAGACUUACCAUGGAACUGCAGACCUAUUUGCCCAGAAAAUAAGAGUCAGAAUUUUAGUCAUGUUAAGCACAGAUUUCGAACCCUUUGGUAAAGUUAGAUAAGGGGAGACUUUUGUUUAGUAGCAGAAGGAAAAAUAAUUAUUUAUACAGUGAGUAUCCACCCUGCAAAGCCACUUCCCAGUAUGGAAGCAGCUCCUCUUUAGUCCCUUCUGCCCUACACAGAUGCUACCAUGUUUGCAAGCCAGUCUCCAAGAAGGAGCCGAGGAGUUGAUGGUCCUUUAGAGGAGAGGCCUCAGUUACUGGGUUGCAUCUGCUUGUAGGAAAGUGUGUUUGCUAACUUGAAGGAAUAUAUGCUGUACUUCAAAUAAGUGUGUGACUUAAUGCUUUGGGAUUUUUUUUCCCUCUAAAACUGGACCUGAACACAGCUUUGAGUUGGUAUUUGUAAUAAUCUCAGGACCCGAAAGAUUGUAGCAUUUAGUGUGUCUUAAAAAUUAUGUACUGUACCAGCCAUGGAGUUUUGUAAAUAUACCUGUCUCCCUUUUUUUGUAUUAUUUUAGUAAACAAUAAAUAAAUAAAUAAAUUUAAUAAAAGGGGGUGAUGAUGAUGUGUGUGUUUGUGUGUGUGUGUGACUGACUCUGUGUGUGUGUGUGUGUGUGUGUGUGUGUGUGGCUCUUUUGGAGGCAAACUGGUGCUUGUUGAAUUUCUAGUUCAGUUCAGCAGGAAUAUAGACAAACUGCUGCUGUUGACCCUUACAAUGAGCAAGGAGGAGGUCCUUCAUUUUGCCCUCUGGUGGUUCAUGUAGUACUAGCAAAAUGGAAGUCAGGAGCUAAACUCUUCUCCUCUGGCCAUAUUGCCUUUGUGUUCUUGGUCUAGCUCCAACAUUCUUUGACCUCUGGCAUUAAAGCUUCCACACUUUGAAGAUUCCUGGUUUUAGAGCUCUUAAAACUUUCCUAAGAGAGAGAGAGAGAGAAAAAGGGGGGGCUGAUUAUAAAAUAAAUAAAAAGCAACAAAAGAGCCUCACAUUUCAUAGGACCGCUGGUGAAUUUUAGAUAUUUCCAAACAUGCAUCUGAGAACUUAUUAAACUAGCCCCACAGUGCACUCCUCAGUGCGGGGAUGUCUGUGUUCAUUUUGCUUUGCGACAGCCUUGUUCAUAUUCCAGGUGUAACUAGCAAACCUGUUUUAAAAUGAGAGCCUUAUUCGAUUCAGUGUAGAUGUUUCCUGGCUAUCCUCCAAGACAGGACCUUUUUACAUGAGUGAGUUUUUCUUUUUGUAUAUGUUAAUGUGUUUGUUGUAUUAAAUAAAGAGGAAUGUAAAUAUUA